AUGGGGGGUCUAACAGUUACUAGUCUGCAUGGGGAAAUGAUACUUGUUGCUAAUUCGCAAUUUGCUGGUAAGCUGGUAGGUCGUUACUAUGAUAGUCAAGGAAAUCCCACAAAAUAUUUGAAAGGAGCUGAAGCUAAGGCUAAGAGAGGUGCUCAACUUUUGGAGAAACAGAAGGCUGAAGAAGCCAAACAACCAGGUUGCAAUUCAAGAUGGAGUCAGGACGAGGGUGGAGAGGUCUGGUGUGAAAGCGGCGUCCCGAGGUUAGUUCAGAGACCUAUAGAAAUUGCUUUGACAGGAAAGAUGAGUAAGCGAUGUGCUUGUUUUGAAGUAGAUCAGCUGGAUCAGCCAGGACUGGAAGUCUACGAAGGAUGUGAUUAUCUUGCCAAGACGUGCCGAGUUUAAAUUAAGACACAGGUAGGAUUCUUGUACUCUAGAUCUUAACUUUCCCAGAUGAUUAUAUACAUAUAUCAGAAAAUUGGGAGAGAGGAAAUUGACAGAAGUGAUAGAAUAUUUAUCUUCCAUGCUCA